UUGAUCAGCAAGCAAAACCCUGAGAUAUCCCAUUUGAUUGAGGGUGAGGGUCGUGACGGUGAGGGCCUCCGACUCCGCUUUAAGCGAGGUAAUCGCAAUAGUAAUCUAUAUAACGCGGUGUUCCUGGCAGAGGCCAAGGUAUACCGUAAGAUUCUCGACUUAGGGAGGGUCUGCGUGGAUCACCAGAGAAUAACCGUGGACAGCUUUUCUCCGUUCUUGCAGUGCCACAAGUGCCUUCAGUUCGGACACAUGAGGUCCAAAUGCACCGCCACCGAAAGUCUUUGCUCGCACUGUGCUGGCUCCGACCACCAGGUGGACAAAUGCCCUGUGAAAAAUGAGCCUGGCAGCGUCAAGUGCUAUAAUUGCACUUCUCACAAUGCCAGAUUUAAAUCCAACCAAGACUGCAAACAUACCGCUAAUUCCGAUAAAUGUCCCAGACUGCGAGCCAUGAAAGAUAAAAUAAAUCAAAGAGUCGACUAUGGAUUUGCACCAUAA